CCUUUUUUUUGUUCUUUGCGAUGAGUUCCUCUUCUGCUUCUUCUUCUUCUUCUUCCUUUUCCGCUGCUGCCCCCGCAGUUUCCGCGGCCGAGGUCGAUCCGUUUGCCGCAGCCGCCGCGUCAUUCGACAGCGCCAUGGUCGAUGUGCUUGUCGUCGACUCUGCAGCCUUCAUCAAGGGCGCGCCGCUCGAGCGAAUGGGCCGCGAAAUCUACACGCUCCAUGAGGUUGUCUCCGAGCUCCGCGACGAGCGCACUCGCGAGCGCCUGCAACUCCCACAGCUGUACACCCUCAAGUACCGCGACCCUUCAGACGAGGCCAUUGCUGCAGUGACUUCAUUCGCAAGCAAGACCGGUGAUAUUCGAUCAUUGUCGCAAGUCGAUCUCAAGGUCAUGGCACUGACCUGGAUGUUUGAAAAGGAGCGCAAGGGCGGUGUUGGACACUUGCGAUCAGAGCCGACUCGCGACGUUCGCAUCACUAGCCGCCCGGGACCAAUUGUUGCGGCACAUGCCGAGCACUCGGGUUUUUACUUUCCCAAGAAGGCCGGGGCAGCAGCGUCUGCACCAGCUACCACUUCCACUUCCACAGACACGGCCGUGGAAGCAACUCCUGCAACUUCUGCUGCCGCUGCCGAGUCCGCACCGUGCGAACCCACCUCGGCUAGUGCACCAACGGAAACCCCCGUCGAGAGCUCAGAAGAUGCCGCGGACGCUACGACAAGCAAAGAUGCCAGCUCAGCAUCUUCCGCAGAGACUGCCGCCAGCAACCCAGAGAAUGCCGAAGAGGAUGACGAUGAAGACGACGAUGCGGGCUGGAUUACUCCGGACAACAUCCACCUCGCCAACAAGGCGUGGAACAGCACUGGCGCAGCCACCGCCACGCCCGAGCAAGUCCAAGUGGGCUGUGUCACGACAGAUUUCGCCAUGCAGAACGUUCUGAUUCAGAUGGGCCUCAAGGUCAUCUCGCUUGACGGCAUGUUGAUUCGCCGCACCAAGCAGUUUGUUCUCAAGUGCCAUGCGUGCUUCCGCACAACGGACAACAUGAUGAAAGAGUUUUGCCCCUCCUGCGGCAAUCCCACCUUGCGCAAGAUUUCCAUUAGCGUGAAUGAUCAGGGAGUUAUUACUCACCAUGAGUCUCCUCGUGGGCAAAAGGGUAUCACUCGUGGCACUAUUUACUCGAUUCCUCUGCCAAAAGGUGGCCGGGAAAACAAAGACCUGAUUUUGCGAGAGGACCAGAAAGAGCGCAUUGCACGAAUGGGCUACAGCAACCACCAGACAAAGCUCGACAAGGCUGCCACCGCUCAAGACUUUAUUGCUACAGCUUCGCCCUUUGCUUUCAUCGAUGUGCAGGCACGAUCGGCACCAGGUGCUCAGUUCGGCUACGGCAAGCGCAACCCGAACGUCGCCAAGUCCAAGACUGGCAAGCGCAAGAAGGCCGCCAACACUCGAUAAACCCCUUGUCGAUGCGGGGGGGGGGGUUAGUUGAAUUUAUUUGUUGUGUGUUUGCGCGUGUACAACCUGGUCAUGGUAUUCCAAGCAUUGAAUAUUUUCUCACACUUUCGACGGACACGAGAUUUCAACGAGAUUUCAUCGUGCUCUAU